GCGACAUGGCGGCGCGCCCACCCCGCGCGGCGGCCCCGCGGCCCGGGCCGCGCGAGUAGGUCGCCAUGCGCGAUGCGGUAUGAGGCAGCGGCGCGCCCGGCGGGCCGGCCCCCGCUAGCGGCGCCGCCCCCGCCAUGCGAGCGCCGCCGCUGCUGCUGCUGCUGCUGAUGGCGGCCGCGGGCCUGGCCGUGAGUCCGCUCGCGCGCCUCAACCCCUGGCUGAGCGCGUGCGAUCUGGAGGAGGAGGGCGCGAGCGCGGGCGGCGAUUGCGCGGCGUGCGGCGGCGGCGGCGCGAGCGCGCUGGCGGGGCAGGACGUGCCCGCGCUGUGCGCGCUUGGUGCAGGAACGCGCGCGCGUCGUCUGGCGGCGUUGCGGCUGCGCGGCUGCUGCGAGCGUUCACCCGCCUCAGCGCUCGACCGCGGCGCGCGCGCCGACGUGCUUGCCGGCGGGCCGCGCUGCGAGCGCACGCUGCGAGACCUCCUAGCCCUGGACGCGUUGGUGGCGCGUGUACAUUGCGAUUUCGUCACCAUCCUUCAGCGCUACGACUGCGACCAGUCCUAUUCUGUUCACACGUGUAACGAAUGCCAGGAGACGUACCGGCGCUGGGCGUGCAGUACAAUGGUUCCACUGUGGGUGGAAGAAGGAUCUGAAGACUAUGAGGAGGGUGGGCGGUCACGACGGGCCCCUUCAGAGCAUGGGGCAAGAUGGCGCGCUCGACACCUCGAGCGGGUCGGUCAUUUGGACCGACGGCGCGGCGGCGGCGUGGUAGGCCGCUGGGUCCGCGCCGCCGCCGCGGGGCCAGGUCGACCCCUGGUACGGCUCAAGCCGUGCCUGUCAGUCUGCCAGCUGGUCGAGCAACACUGCCCUUACUUUUUGCCCGCGGACCGCGCACCAGCCUAUCCCACGCAGUAUGCAGGCGAACCCACGUUCCUAUGUCUCGAUCCGCGAAUACCAGAGACGGGUGCUCAGGCGAACAAGUCCAACUACGGGCCUGACGACUGUUGCUACUGGUACUGUGAAGGCCGGCUCUGCUACCACUGCGAGUCUCGGCUCAGCGAGCCAGAGCGGCCCGCAGCAGAGCAGUGCACACCAGUAGUCGAGCGAACUGCCACCUGCUCUGUGCCAUAUCAGGCGCCGGCCGCCGCCACUUGCCCGAGGCCCUCCCUUCUCGCCCUGGCCCUUCUCACAACCCUAGCUGCUGUCGUGCGGACUCACUGGACAUUUGUACCUCUAGUGAAUGUGCGUGAAUCGAGGUUAUAGUUUUACGUUUCCGUGCGUCGCACCAUCGCGGCCCGCGACCGCCGAAUCGAAACUCUUAUUAGUGAUGUACUUAUGAUAAUAAAUUUCGUGCGAUGACGAUUUCGAUGGCGGGGGACGCGCCUUCUGGUCCUUCGGUCCGGGUGGUGCGGGCCCCCGCUCUUAUAGACUCUAAGUUAAUGUUUGUGUCCGAUUGUUCAAUACUAAACGAAAAAACACCAAUAGUUCUAUAUCGUUACUAAGAUUUCACAUGAAAACUUUUGCCGUUGACGAUGCUCCGGCCAUUAUAAUACAUUUAAUAGUUGAGGUUUUAAUAAAUACAUUUAUAGAGUUGUUUAUUUUCAUAUUGAUUAUGGUUCUACACGAUAUAUCAGUAAGGUCGAAAUACAAUUUAUUUUCCUUCGAAAUGAAAAUAGAUACGAUGAACUAACUUCCCAAAUGUUUGUGGUGGUCUUAUAUGCACAAAAAUUGUGCCGCAGCCGUUCCCGAACCCGUUUUAUUGGAAUUUUAUGCAGGUUGCAUAAAACGCUGAGUUGGAAGUCGCACGGCACUUUAUAUAUAAAAUUUAAAUACUAGGCCGGGAGUCGGAAAUCCUAACUCAUAAGCUUUUGUGUUGCAAGUCGAAGGUAAUGGUAUAUGUAACACUUAAUAAAAGGAAAUCAAAAUUUUAAUGCAGUUAGCUGUAAUAACAAAAUAAAUUAUUUGAACAUAAUAUUGACAAUAGUGUUAUUUGGAUGAGUUUUAGAAAAUUAUUUUUGUAAAGUUGAUGGGCUGUCGUAGGCAUAGAAGCAAGGAUACAGACUACACACUUUAUCAAUUUCAACCUAACAUUUUGUCACAACGAAAAGAUCACGCAACAAAUAUAUUUAAAUAAAAAUAAUAGUUGACAAUUUGAUUGUACGAACAGGUAAUUUACAUUAUUAAAGGAUAUUGCUUCUAUGUCCAUCGGUCUUUGAAUGCCUAACACUGGUCUAUAUAAUAUGUAUUGAUACAUUGGAAAAAUAUUAGGGUUAAUUAAAGUAGUUGUUGUUUUGUAAGAAGUAAAGAAAAUAAAUUACUUAUAUGUAAUGAUAUAUCCGUCUUAUGAAUGUAAGGUAUUCAAGAUGUACACAUGGUUGAACAUGAUUUUUAUAUGAUAUUUGUUUUAUAGUAUAUAAUAUAUAAUGUACAUUUAUUAUGUCUUAUAUGGCAGAGACAUAUACCAUAAAGGGUGACGUCAUAUUUAAAAUACAGGUUUGUUUGAGUUUCGUCUGGGGAUUUUUAAGUAACAUGAAACCAAGUUCUUCAGUUCCAAAAAAACAGUGCAUAAGAGAUAGCUGUCUUGCUGUUUCGCUUAGACAUCGAAAUGCUGGAAAGUCAUCUAACAAUCUAUAGAUAUAAUAUCUAAAGGCUUUUAGAAUAGAAAAGAAAGCUGAAAAUGCAUUUGCGAGACUUCUUCUAUGUUUUUAGUGAAACAGGUCAUCACUAAACAUUCUUGUUUAACUUCUAUUCUACAAAACAGACUGGAAUCUUCAACACAUGUUUUUAAAUGUCUUAAUUACUAAUCGACUACAACUUUACGUAAGCAAUUAACUAAUGAUAACACGUAAGUGAUAGCUACAGUUAUUUAUUUACUUAAUUCGUCAACACUUUAUUCUACACAACCUAGAUAAUACAAAAUAACUUGAAUUAUUAUGUCAUUGUGCAACUGACGGCUUCCGCACUUCUCGAGCCUAUAGUUCUAUGAAAGAUUUUGUCUUGGAAUUACUUAGAAAUCGCCAGAUGAAAUAAAAAAAGCCCUAUAUUAGUAACAGUGUUUGUUAGUUUUCUUUACAUAGUUGCGUCGUUGAAGAUUAUGUGAUCAAAAUCAAUGAUUAAAAAGACUUUAUCGGAUGGACAUUUGUUAAUAUUCCUUAAAUGGGAAUGUAGUUGUUGUAUUCAAAUGAUAAAUGAUAAUAAUAUUAAGUAAGUUAUUUUUUACGUUUUUAAUGCGUGAGAAUAAAGUACGGUUUGUUGUUUCCACUCCCUGUCUUUGAGCAAAGACCACCGUGGGUGCUAAUUGUCUAUUAAUGCUUUUUAGGCUUUACUUUACCCUACAUUAAGUUCAUUAUCGCAAAACAGUCAACUUUCGGUGAAACCAAUUUACAAAUAUUUAAUAAUAAAAA